AUGCGACUAGAUCAAUCCUUGAGGACAGAGUUUGAAUGGUGGGAAGAGAAUAUUUUAACUGCUAAAAAUCCAAUUCGUCAAUAUGAAUAUAAGAUAACAAUUUUUUCUGAUGCUUCAUUAACGGGCUGGGGAGCUUCGUGUAAUGAUAAAGUCGUUUUUGGUCAGUGGGAUUCGAGGGAAAGUUCCUUUCAUAUUAAUUGUUUGGAGUUAAUUGCAGCAUUUAAUGGUUUAAAAGCUUUUGCUUCUCAUUUAUCAAAUUGCGAGAUUCUAUUAAAAAUUGACAACUCAACAGCUAUCGCGUACAUCAAUAGAAUGGGUGGAAUUAAAUAUCAAAAUUUGAAUAAUGUUACUCGCGAUAUAUGGUCCUGGUGUGAGCAACGAAACCUUUGGUUAUUUGCGACAUAUAUUCCAUCAAUAGAAAAUGUAAUAGCUGAUUCAGCAUCUAGAAUUAAUAAUAUUGAUACGGAGUGGGAAUUGGCUCCUUGGGCUUUUAGACAAAUUUAUAAUCUAUUUGGUCAGCCGCAAAUAGAUUUACUUGCAUCUGUAAAUAAUAAGAAAUGUGUCGAUUAUUGUUCCUGGCACAGGGAUCCCGAAGCUUUUUGUAUAGAUGCUUUUACUAUUAAGUGGGACACUUUUUAUAUUUAUGCGUUCCCACCUUUUUCCUUGAUUUUAAAAACUCUUAGAAAAAUUCAAGUAGACCAAGCUUGCGGUAUUGUAGUGGUACCAGAAUGGUUUACUCAACCCUGGUACCCUCUUUGGUUGUCUUUAUUGAUACAACCCCCCAUUAUUUUUAAACCAUCUGAUAAUUUACUACUUGAUCCCUGUAGGAGGCUACAGCAUCCACUAGCCGGCAAGCUGACCCUAAUGGCAGGGAGAUUAUCAGGCAAGCUUUCGAAAAACGUGGGAUAA